AAUCUUCAAGGUUGUGCAUUGUUGAAUUCAAGGGCGUAAUUCAUUGGGGGUGUCUAACCCAUCCUAUAUUUAGAACAUAGUUUUAAGAUUACAUUUACAGUUUGCAUUCACGUGAUUUCUGAGUGAUAGAAGCUCCCACAGCAUGGGGAAAUUGCAGGGUGCUGUGGACAUCCUGUCUCCAUUUCUUACAGACUGAGCUGCUAAAAUAUAUCAGUGAACUUGCGUUGAGUAUGGGUGCAACCAAGUGUACAAUUUUCCUUAACAAACGGAAAUAUAUUAAAAAGUAAUAGACAGCAAUAAAUAGAAUAGAUGAAGAAAAGACAGAUCCGUUGGCAGGGUUCAUUAAAGGGGGACAUAUAGAAAAUAUUUUGUACUGUAUAUUUUUUGGGGGGGCAGAUUGAUUUUUCCUCAACAUUGGGAGGAAACGAACCCCCCGCCACAAAGAAUGUGUGGUUACGCCCAAGGCUGAAUUUGAAGGAGAUCGACUAUUUAAUCAGCAUUGUGUGAGGAAUAGAGUACCUCAGGAAAAUAAUAAGCUAAGUGGGUAUGUGUGUGUGUGUGUUUGUGCGAGAGAGAGAGAGAGAGUCAGGGCUGGUUACCAAGUGAAAGUGAAAGCACAGAAUGAUUCCGUAUUUUGUGUAACGGUUAUACUCAGACUUGCCUGUGAGGAAGAUCAGCUUCAGAGGAAGAAAAUCGAACAAAAUGGGUGGAGGGAAUUCAACACCAAAGCCUCCAGAAGACUUUGAUAAACCAUGGAGAGACGUGGACUGGAAGUCAACAUGGCGACCUCAGAGCUACGGCUUGAGGCCUACGGGGAGGCCUCGGCUGUGGAGCUCUUGCACGCCGAAAAAGCUGUUCCUCUGCCCUGCCCAGCCGAGGAAGCUGUCCCGUUGUCCAGCCCAGUUGAGGAGGCUGUCCCGCUGCCCUGCCCAGCCGAGGCAGCUACCCUGAGCUCCAGCCCUGCUGAGGACGCUGCCCAGCCUCCCAGUCCCGCUGGGGACGCUGCCCAGCGUUCCCGUGGCGCCCAGCGUUCUCAUGCCACCGGGGGUGGCGUCCAGCGGUCCAGCGCCGCCAGGGGUGGUGCCCUGACUUUCAACCCAGGUGGGGGUGGUGCUCCGCCCAUCUGCUGCCCGGCGGAGGCUGCCUCGUUUUCCGUGGCAGCGAGAGACAGCUCGCACAGGGGUGCAGGACUCCCGUUGCAGAGGGGUUUUUGGCGCUCCGAGAGUGGCGCAUUUGGAGGGGGAUUCUGUUAUGCCACGGCCAGCAGAUGGCACUGCGGCACGGCUUCUGACUGGUCACGUAACUUUGUUUUGGUUCGGUCGCUUCCUACUUGAGCAUUUAGUUUAGUUUCUUUAAUUUGCCCCCGGUGUCGAUGCUUUAGUUUGAUUAUGUUCACUAUUUUAAACCUCUCCGUUACUGAGCACUUCGCUCAGUAUUAUGGGUUGUAUAGUUUGUAUCAAGCGGCUGAUGUGUUUUGUUUAUGUUUGUUUGUUUGUUUAUGUAGUGAGUGCACAUAGCAGGCUAAGCGGUCUUUUGUUUCCAUGCCUUGAUUCAUGCUCUCGUUUCAUGCAACGAUUCCAGUUUUCCUGUAAAAACCGCAUCGCCUGUGCAUUGUUUGUUUUUGAGUUCUCUAAUAAAGACUUUGACCUGUAUCUGCAUCCGCCUCAAUUCCUGAUCCGUAACAGAAAAGAUUCAUUUUAAAGAAGGGAAUCAACUUAAAUAUGCUGAAAUAUUUUGUAAAUACAGUAUGAUUCAUCAGCCACAUAUUAUCCAUUCAAAAAUACAUGUUUACGUAUGUAUAUCACAUUUUUGGAGAAAUAUUCCCACAAGCUGCAGAUUAAGAUGACUCCAACUUAAUCUAACUAUUCACCACAACCAACAAGUUCUGUAGCUAGCCAUUUUAUCUUGUAAUAUUACGAGAAAAAAAAUCAUCAUUUAAUUUAAACUAGUAAAUAUUUUUUUUGCUAGUCAGAAUCCAAAUUAAGGACAUCAUGUGAGGGGUGUACUCACUUUUGUGAGAUACUGUGUACUCUCUCAUCUGUGCAACCCGAGCUCAGUUUGUACAGGAAGCAAGCAUACAGCCGUUAUACAGGAAGUGAUCUCCUAAAAUGGGUAUGAGAGCUAAGUCACUCAUUCAGCAGUCAUGUUAUUCAGAGACUAAAUGGUAUCUUUAAAUACAGAGUGUAUGUUUCUUUCUCUUCUUACAUUAUAUAACAUAUCUCUGGCUUGUUCAACAUGGUGUAGAUCAAAUGUGUUUCUGUCAGGAGCUUUAUGCAGCUGAUGUUUUAAUAUUCACAUCUGUUCGUGCAUCCAUUUACUGGAUUCAAUCUCACUGUCCAGGUGUUGGGGAGAUUUCCAAGAGAGCCGAGGCCCAUAUCGGGAAUGUUCGUGUAGCUCAGCUCUUGGACUCCCGGUAGAGUGUAGGAUGCUUUUGGGCAGGUUCUCCGGUGGUGCCUCUUUUUCUCGGAGUUCUUAUUCCUCUUUUUCUCUCUCUUUUUCUGCUUUCUUGUUCCAUACCUCUUUGUAUAAUUAAUGCAUUUUAGAUUAUACAGCAUAAUUAAACCCCAUACAUGAUACUUAACAAGCAAGGAUUUGUACAACAAAAUCAUUCAUUCAAUCUUUUCUUGUGCCCUUAUGGUGACCUUAGGGAAUAGCAUUAUCAUGUUCAAUUACUUCAAUAUUCUUGUACGAAUCCCUGAUGGGCCUCGAGUUCCUCAGUUAGUCAUUGCAGAGACUGCAUUACAAAGACCAAAAAAAAUCUUAUUACGUAGGAAAUAUUUUAAUUCCAUUGUGGUACAGCAAGAACUUAAUCAGAAAUAUAGCUAUUAGUGUAUGGCCUUGCAACGUCAUGCUAAGUUCCUAUCUUCAUAAAUGUAUUAUUUCUUUCUUUUGCUAGUGGGAGAGAUCGACUUGAGGCAGAUCUGAGAAAACUUACAAUCCAUCAUGCAGAGAUCACCCAUCUCAAAAUCCUUGUUCACGGAGCGGUUGCUGCUGGAAAAUCCAGCUUCAUCAACUCAGCUAU